CUGAUCAGGCAGGCCUGGGCAGCUUCUCUUGAAAACUGGAUUCUCUUGUUUGUAGCAAUGAGUGACUGCUCAUGUUUGAAGAAACUAUAAAGCUGUAUUUCCAUGCACUGUGACCUGUUUUUUUCCCUUGCUUUUAUUGGAGAUGCAGGUUUUAAUGGAUGUUUCUUACUUUUUUUCCUUCCCUUUGUAGAACAAGAAGUUAGACUAGAUGCAGUAAAUUGGAAGAAAUGGAAGAAAGGAAAAUCAAGAGGAGGAGCCCCAAAUCAUCCACCAGUCACCCUGCUCAGGUUACUAACUCCAAGAAAAACUCGGUGCCGGUCAGUAAAAGUACAGCCUUUUCAAAUCCUGCACCACAGCCUGCAGUCCAAAAACCAAAGUUAAAACGUGUAAUAAAAGAGAAAGCCAAACCUCCAGGAGGCGAAGCAAAAGGGGCACAGGCAGCACCAAUUCAGCAUUCUUUUCUCACAGAUGUAUCAGACGUCCAGGAAAUGGAAAGGGGACUUCUGAGCCUCCUGAAUGACUUCCACUCUGGCAAACUUCAGGCAUUUGGGAACGAAUGUUCGAUAGAGCAGAUGGAGCAUGUGCGGAGCAUGCAGGAGAAACUUGCUCGCCUCAAUCUAGAGCUCUAUGGGGAGCUGGAAGAACUCCCUGAAGACAAAAGAAAACUUGCCAGUGACUCCAACCUGGACAGGCUGCUAUCAGAUCUAGAAGAACUGAAUUCAUCUAUCCAAAAACUACAUUUAGCGGAUGCUCAAGAUAUUCCAAAUAGUGCCACAGGCUGAAAGAACAGCUGGGUCAAUUUGGAUUCUCCCAGAAGCUCUUAUUUUGUUUUUCCUGACAGUGGAAUCUGGAACUGUUA